AUGGGUCCCUUCGUCAGCUCUUAUGGUAAUAAGUACAUCCUUUUUGCCGUAGACUAUGUGUCCAAGUGGGUGGAAUCUGUAGCAUUGCCCACCAACGAUGCGAAAGUGGUGGUAGGGUUUCUAAAGAAGAACAUAUUCACCCGCUUCGGGACACCACGAGCGAUUAUCAGCGACGGAGGCACUCACUUCUGCAAUAGAGCCUUCGAGAAGUUGCUUACAAAAUACAAUGUGCGCCACAAGUUAGAUGAUGCACUCUGGGCCUACAGGACAGCUUUCAAGGCACCAAUUGUUAUGUCACCAUACAAGUUAGUGUUUGGGAAGGCCUGUAACCUACCUGUAGAACUUGAGCAUAGAGCGUGGUGGGCACUGAAACAACUAAAUUUAGACAUGGAAGCUGCGGGCACGUCAAGAGUCACAGAACUGCAUGAGCUUGAGGAGUUCCGGUAUCUUGCUUUUGAGAGCACAAGACUGUACAAAGAGAGAAUGAAGAGGCUACACGAUCAAAACAUUGUUGAGUGGAACUUCAAACCUGGGAACAUGGUAUUGCUAUGCAACUCAAGACUGAGGUUGUUCCCGGGUAAGCUGAAGUCACGAUGGUCUGGACCAUUUCGAGUGGUUGAAGUUUUCCCGUCAGGAGCGGUUGAAGUUUCCACUGAGAAUGACCCUCAUACAUUUAGAGUCAAUGGUCAUAGAUUGAAGUUGUAUGUGGGUAUGAGCGAGCCUAAGGAAGGGGCUGAACUGCAUCUGACUGGACCACAGAGGUCGAGCGAGCCUUAA